UCUCCUCUGCAGACUCACCCAGCCAGCAGCAUCAUGAAGGUGUUCGUUGCCCUGUUCGCUACCCUGGCAUGCGCCAGCGCCGGCCUGGUCGUGCCGGCCACCACCGUCCUGCGGGCGCCCGCCCACGACUCGGCCGUCAUCCAGAGCCACAGGUUCGGCGGCAACUUCGCCUACCGCACCGACGAGGCGCACGCCUACGCCGCCGUCAGCCCCGUGGUCUCCACCGUGCGGAAGGCGGUCGGCGUCUCCUACAGCCACGGAGCCCCCGUCGUCAAGUCCACCACCGUCGAGCACCCCGUCACCUAUGCUGCCGCCCCCGCCGUCACCUACGCUGCCGCCCCCGCCGUCACCUAUGCCGGCGUUCCUCAUGCGUACGGCUACGCUGCUCCUCACGCGUACGGCUACGCCGCCCCCUACGGCUACGGCUACGCCGGCCUGGGUCUGCCCCUGACCUUCGAGAAGGUCGAGGAGGCCAAGGCUGAGCCUGCCGUCGAGGCUGCGGAAUAAGCUGUGUCAGAUGUCGCCCCUUCUUUCCCUCGCUUUCGUGUGGCAGUCUGCUGGUUAAAGCUGAACAGGUUUCAUCCAGCAGAGGCUAUCACGAGGGUAACAAACUCGUCUGAUGUUUGCUGGAAACCACAAAACUUCAGGUGUGAUCUGCAGAGGUAUUCAAACUGUACUGUGAUGUGCAUUUCAUCAGUGUACGCAUAUCAUAAAUAUAUUUCAUCUAUGUAUCAUCAGUA